AUGAGUUUGUUAAAUACUGGUGAAAACUUUGAUUCGGUUUCUCCUACACCACGCCAGAAGCAAUCCGUUCAGAUUGGAAGUAGAAUCAAGCAAAGAAUUGAGGCACCGGGUAGCAACAAGAAGCGAAGUAGCUUCGCAAGGAAGAAUCGCAGAAGCAACAAUAAUGAUGACGGCAGUGCCGACAGAACGCAGCCUAUUAUUCCGAUCGGACGGAGAAGACAAGGCUCAGACCUAGGCACUAUGCCAAUCAUGUUUGAAGUAGACGAGGAAGAGAGUAGUAUGUCAACAUCUGGUAACAAGGACUUGCAGUCGUCAUCGUUCCACACGGCUCGUUCCACGUCGAGGAGUCGUUCUCUUUCCAGAAAUGGGAGUUCCGCGGACGAGGACGAUUACGGAGCUGAUGUAAUAGGAGGGGAAUACUCAGAAGAUUAUGUCCAAUUGGACACUAUCCAAGAUUUGAGUGAAUCUCAAACAGACAAUCUCAAAGGCUCAUCUGGAUUUCAACUGGACAUGGUCCCAGCAACACCUGAACAUCGAAUCAGGGCAGUGCUGACGGCUGGGGUAAUAGACCAUUCAGGCACCGAAGCACCACGGCAGUUUCCAUCUCUGUCUCUCGGCGAUGAUUCUGAAGAAGAAGGCGAUGAUGAUGAGAAUGAAGCAGUGGAAAAGAGGGAGAGCGAGGAGGAGGAGUCUGAAUCGAGCAAUUAUGAAGUGGAAUCGGACGAGGAUGACGAAGAUGGCGACGACGACGACAAAGACGAUGACGAGCAAUCAGAUGACGAUGACGAAGACGAGCAAUCAGAUGACGAUAACGAUGAUGAAGAAUCGGACGACGAUGACGCUGAUGAAGGAUCGGAAGACGAUGAGGAUGAAGGAUCGGAAGACGAUGAUGAGGACGACGAUGAGGACGACGACGAAGAAGAGUCGGAAGAAACUUCGGCAGAGCCGUCCGAGUCUCUUGAUGAAGAUUCAAAUGAAAAUUCAUCUUCCGAAUUCAGUAGCUCUGUAUCUAGUCCGCUCCAACAGACGACGCCUCCUCCUCGAACACGACGAAGGACACCACUUCAUGAUACGGCCAUGCCAUUUGAAUCUAGCGCGACUGCUCCAACUUCACUCCAAUUGGAUUCUCCGCCUGCUCAUAGUACAGUGCAAAACGUGCAAAACCGAGAUCAGGACAUAUUUACCAACUCGAUCCAAUUGGAUGCCCCGCCAGCUCAGACGAGACAGAGAGCGCGGAGUCAAGACCGUAUGCCAUCACCAAUAAAGGCUACCGUUUCACUUCAAUUAGAUGCCCCACAAGCUCAGACUAGGCAGAGGACGAGAAGCCGAGAUCGCAUCCUUCCACCGCAGGAUAAAUUUUCCAACUCACUGGAACUGGAUGCUCCUCCGAUUCAGCAGCGACAAAGGGUAAGAAGCCACGAUUCUCAUGAAGAUAUGGGUGGCACCAGUUCCAACUCACUUGAGCUGGAUGCUCCGCCGACUCGGCAGCGACAAAGGGUGAGGAGCAACGACACUCAUGAAGGCAGCAUGUCCAGCUCACUUGAAUUGGAUGCUCCAUCGAUUCGGCAGCGACAGAGGGUGAAAAGCCAUGAUUCUCAAGAUACAGACGAAGACGAAGCCGCCGACACUAUUGCCGACCUUCCAAUGCCAGCUCCAAGGACUCGAACAAGGACACGGGCCCGGCAACAGCAACCCAACCGAAUGAUUUCACUAGACGCCUUUGCUGUGGGCAACCGUUCUGACACACUUCAAGUGGAUCAAACAGCUCCACACCAACAGGGAUCAGGGAAAAGGAGAAUGAAAGCUCCCGCUAGAAUAAAGUCCAUGGCGCCUGUAUCUCACAACUUACCACAACAGGCACCAAAACGGCAAAUGCCACCCGAGAGGCGACUUUCCCUCGAUUCCCGAAGAAAGGUGUACGAAGACGACAAUCGAUUCAACACAAUACCGUUCGCACAGCGUUUUGCCGGAAAGGUACAGGCCGAUUCAUCCGGGGCAGCUUCGGGUGCACCUUCGGAUGGCGCUCCAAAUUUAGACUCUUCACAAAAGAAAUUGGAAGCCAGUCCAGAUGCAAAGAAUAGACGGAGAUUGCGAUCAGCAGAUGAUCUUGCGGAUUUGAUGGCACCAGAAUUAGAAUCAGAAACUUCAAGUGGAAGAGCGAGACUUAGUAUGUUUAAGCGAAGAGUGUCUGGUGGAGGAGAUGACUCUCCCAGACGAGAGAAGGCGGCAUACUUGCUUGGAAUGCAUAAAGGAUCGGUUGCUUUAGGGCGGGAACUGGAAUCAACUAUGCGCAGUAGAUCUCCCCAUAGGGUUCCAUCAUCCAUGCGCGGCGGCGGACCCAUGAACACCCGACAACCCAGGCAGAGGCCUGCCCCGAAUCGAUUCAAGCCGCUGAAACCGCCUCCUACAAACGAUGAUCUCGACAUGGAUGAUAUGGCAGCCAUCCGACGCUCGUCAGCGCAGCUAUCGAGACGGGUUUCUGAUGAGAGUGCGGAUACCAUCGGCGACGGCAGCGUUGAAACGAUGGAAUUGGGUCAAGCAGGACUACAUCGUCCCAAUCGAAUGAAAAAACGAAAGAAUCCCAGCGAUCGGUCUCUUGAUGUGGAGCAGAAGGAUCCAACACAAUUAGAUGAAAAACAAUUCUGGUUGAUUGUGAUUUUCCUGACUUCACUUGGAGUUAUAUUUGGGUUUGUUGCUGUGAAAGUGUCCUAA